CGUGCCCGCCCACCCGCAUAGAAGGCCCGCCCGCUGGCAGCCGCGCCUGCCCUUAGCCAAGAUGGCUCCGCCCGCUUCACCUCCCCCUCGCGUCGACAUGGCGGACGGCCCCCUCGCGUCUUGCCCGGCGUUCGGGCGUGGUGGGGCGAGCUGAGAUUUACAAACCACGAAGAAGGAGGGGAUACUGAAGCAGUGACAGGCUCUUUGCUUCUGGCAUCUGUCCCAGCUGACUGCUCCAACAUCAGUGCUGUUCCAGCUCACAGAGCAGUACAGAAAUGCCAGAUCGUCUUUUGCUCAGAUUUCAUGCUCUAGAAACACUGCUCAAUCAACUCCGUGUCUCUCCAGCGGGACCAUGGAAGGAAAAGAGACAUCACCAAGCCGUCACUCGGAGGAGAGCAGUAUAUUGGACCUACCCUCUGUUUGUGACCUAGCAGAGAUCUUCCAGCCUCCAAGCAGCGCUGAGAGCAGUGAGGAGCCUUUUUGUUCUCUGGAUACUUUUCCCUCUCCACUCCCAGGAUCUGUGUUGGCUCUACAUCCCUGGCGAGGGGCCUGCAGUACUUCGCAAUGGUUUUUGGCUGGAAAGCUGCAGAGGCAGACGUACGAUGGUAUUUUGAACAUCAGCAAAGAUCCCCGUUGCCUUCAGCCCAGUCCUGCCCGUAGGCUGCCAGUGCCAGCGGCAGUGAAUCUCUGUUGCUCGCAGAAAUUUCCAGGGGACACCGUCAGUUUUCCUGAUGCUGUAAGGCAAAUUGGCUCCUAUCGUCUCCAUAAUGUUUGUGUUCAUCAGUACAGAAGAUCUCUUGCUGUCCCACCCAAGCUGUAUUGUAGACAAGGUGUCAGCGCAGUUCCAGUGGAAAAAGACCAUAUGGAGGAAAUGGUAACACGGUGCAUAGUGGAAGUUCUGUCCAAUGCUCUCUCUAAGCUAAAUGCACCACCAAUUAAUCCUGAAUGUAAAGAAAUCCUCAAAAAGAGUGGUAAAAAUGACAGAGAGAGAAGUGAAGAGAAACAACUUGAAGCAAGGCAUUUGAAAGACCCAGCAGAGGUGGAAAAACAUCUUGCUGGGGGUGUGGAGAAGGAGCAAAGUCAGGUAGAAGAUGACUCUAGAAAGCACAUGAAAGGAAGUGAUGAAGGGAAAGUUGUUCCCGAGGAAGGUAAGAGCAAGGAAGAGGAGGGACACCACAUACCUGUUAAUGAAGAGAGACUUCAUACAGAAGAAAAGAAACACUAUCAGGAAAUCAGAAGAGAGGAGGAGAACAGCUACCACAGUGAAGAAGAAAGCAAAGAGAGCAAGCAUCAUGACGGAGAGGUAGACCGUGCUGUUCUCAACAAGAAGUCCAACUCGGCAGACAUGGGUACAGAGGAGUUCCCCGAAGGGAAUGACCAACGCCCCGUGGGCCACUGGCAUUCGGAGGAGGGAAUGCAGAGCCCUUACAAAAGAAUUCACGGUGGUGAAGAGGGAGAGGCAGAGGAAGAAAGAAGUGAAAAAUACCACCAUGAGUCUAAGGUACGUGAUUUCGCCCAUCAGCAAGAGCAUGAAGAAUCUGAUGAGAGUGAAGAAGCAGAGGAGGAAAAGCAACCUUACAAACCAAAACAUUCCCAUGGAAAGCACGGAAUGGAUGACUCCUCUGAAGAGAAGAGAGGCCACGGUGGUGAGAAAGAGGAACUAGCUGAGGAAUCAAAUGCAGAGGAGACUCGUCUCUGGGACAGAAGGAACCACCGUCAGAAACACCACCGUGAAGAAUCUGAGCAGCAGCGUGAGGAGAAGAGUGGUUAUCGUGGGAGGCACGGGUCUGAAGAGGUAGAGGAAAAGAGGCAUGCAGGCCAGGGAAGUGCAGAGUACAGAGAGAGGUGGCAGCAGAGUGAAGAGAGCAGCGAAGAAGAAAGUAAGAGGCAUCAUCACGGUGAAGAAAGUGAUGAGAAAUGGCGCGAGGAGAAGAGGCACCAUGAUGGAUCGCAUGAGGCAAGGAGACACCAUUCUGAGGGAAGGACGUAUCGUGGAGGUGAAAGUGAGGAAGAGCUAGACAGGUAUCACAGCGGUGGCAGCAAGGAGAGGCAGCAUCGUGCUGGAGGCAGAUACCGCUUGUGGGACAAUGAAGAUGAAGAGAUACAGAAAGCGUACGCUCAGGAGCGCAGAGGGCAGGCCAGAACACAUUACAGCACUGAGGACAGUGUAGAGCAGCAGCGCUACCCUGGCAACAGUGAGGAGGAGGAGGAGGAAGUAGAAAAGAAGCAUUACAGCAGUGAUCAGAUGGAAAAUGAAGAGGAGAAUAUGGAGGAAGGAAGAUACGGCGAGGGGGAAGAGUACAGAAGCCAUCUCCCUGCAGAGAACAACAAGAGAACCGCAGCAUCCUACAGCUCUUUAUACCCACUGCUGUGGUGGAAGAGCCGGCACUUUGAGAAAAGGAAUAGUGCAGGAGAGCGGCUGCUGGAGAGUAAAGAGGAGAGCAGGCCCACCCUGAACGAGAAGAACCUUUUCCCUGAUUACACUGACUAUGACUGGUGGGAAAAAAAGCAGCUUCUAAGUGCUCUGAACCACGGACGCUCCGAGAAGAGGAACCUUGGCAAAAUGAACAGAUAUGAUAUGAAAAGGCAAUACAACAAGAUGGAUCAACUUGCACAACUCCUGAAUUACAGGAAGAAAUCAGCUGAGUUCCCAGAGUUGUACAGCUCUGGAGAAGACAUGAAAAAACGUCACAUAGUCAGGAAUGACAAAGGAGCUCUGAGCCAGAGGCCUCUGACAGAAGAGGAGGAAAAAGAACUGGAAAACCUGGCUGCUAUGGAUUUGGAGAUGCAGAAAAUAGCGGAGACAUUGAAUGACAACAGAAGAGGCUGAAGAUGAUCUGCUUUGGUGUUUCAAAGCUAGGUGUAGCUUCACUCACAAUACCUGUAUUUUGUGGUAAAUUCAUGGCCACUGGAUUGUUUGCCCUAAAAACAGGAAAUACUAUUUACUGUCCACUAUAGUGUAGUGAUUUAUACAGCUGAAAAUGUCUUUAAUUUGCUAUUAUGCUAUUGAAAUCUGAAUAGCAUGAAUUUUAAUAUUAUAACCUUUCAUGCGAGGCAGAUAUUUUUAAUACGCUUGUGAAAAUAAUUGUGUUAGUGUUCUUCAGAAAUAUAUGUCUGAGUUUGAAAUAAUAAAAAACAUUGAUCUUGGAGCAAACUUUCUCCUUGCUUAUUUGAAUGAUUGGGUUAUUUCAAAGUAAGCUGUAUCAGAUUAACAGGUUGUGCACGAAAUGUUGACUCGUUCACCAUUAUUUUUUUAAAGUUACAAGGAGCCUGUCUAUGCCUUUUAUUUGCCACUUAGGAGAAGCACAACAGACCAGACACUGCUAACUAUUAGAGGAAGGCUGAGGGUCCUCUGAGGUGUAAACAACACCU